AUGACAGAAGAUUGGUGUUCAAACCCAUCUGGCUUCGGGUAAUUCUAACUCAGAACCACUUCCUCAGCUCAGUCUGAUGGAUGGGGUUCAGCCAGCGUUUCAUAUGAUUCUAACUUUGACUUCAGCAGCGGGUCUUUUGACUCCCGCGUGAAAUCCACGAACUCAGAGUUUGGUACAAGUCUUAUGAAAGUUGACUGAAAUUCAUCCAAUCUGACCCCUUUCCGCAAAAAUUUCUACCAAGAGCAUCCUGAUGUAGCAGCCCGUUCAGACUUAGAAGUCGCCAAAAUCAGAGAAGAAUUCAGCAUGACAGUCCAAGGGCCGCAUACGCUAAAGCCAAUUAUGUCCUUUGAAGAAGCUAAUUUUCCAGAGGACAUAAAUAGGACUAUUUCUGCAAAAAGCUUUAAAAAGCCGACUAAUAUACAGUCCCAAGCGUGACCAAUUGCGCUAAGUGGGUAUGAUUUAAUAGGAAUCGCCCAAACUGGCUCAGGGAAAACCCUUGCAUUUGUGCUGCCUGGGAUUAUUCAUAUAAAUGACCAGCCGAAAUUAAAGGUAAAAAAAUAUGUAGCUUGGAGAUGGGCCAAUUGCACUUGUUUUAGCUCCUACACGUGAACUUGCUGUGCAGACUUCAGAAGAAUGCAUUUUAUUUGGAAAAUCCUGUGGGCUUAGUACUCUUUGUAUUUAUGGAGGAACUAAUAGAGCUGGCCAGCUUAGAGAAAUCCAAAAAGGUGUACAGUUUAUGAUAGCAACCCCAGGCCGGCUCAUUGAUUUUGUAGAAACAGGCGCACUUAGCCUGAAGCGGGUUACUUAUUUAGUCCUCGACGAAGCUGACAGAAUGCUUGAUAUGGGCUUUGAGCCGCAAAUUAGAAAAAUUGUCUCACAAAUCCGCCCUGACCGCCAAACCUUAAUGUUCAGUGCUACGUGGCCUAGAGAAGUCCAAGGCUUGGCCCAUGAUUUUUUAGUAGACCCAGUCCAUAUCACUAUUGGCUCUUUAGAACUUGCCGCAAACCAUAACAUCCGCCAGAUCGUUGAAUUUAUAAAUGAAGGCCAAAAGCCUGAAAGACUAUUAGCAGGGCUUCGAGAAGUCAUAAAAGAGCGGACAAAAGUCGUGGUUUUCACAGAAACUAAAAGAGGCUGCGAAAUGUUAAGCAAAAAUCUUACAGAUAGAAAAUUCCCAGCCACCGCAAUUCAUGGAGAUAAAACACAAAUCGAAAGGGAUAGGGCUAUGGCUGAUUUUAGAAUAGGGAAAUUCCCGAUAUUGGUGGCGACAGAUGUGGCGUCAAGAGGACUGGAUAUAAAAGAUAUCAAUUAUGUGAUAAAUUAUGACCUGCCCACUAAUAUUGAGGAUUAUAUACAUAGGAUAGGAAGAACGGGAAGAGCAGGGGCAAAAGGAACGGCUGUGUCAUUUUUUACAGAAAAAAAUGCAAGAUUAGCGAAAGAUUUUAUUGAAGUUUUGAAAGAGGCACAGCAGAAAAUUCCUGAAAAAUUGUAUGAGCUGGUGGGGUCAGGGUCUUAUGGGUCUGCGAAUUCUCGGUAUCGUAAUAGGUCUCCAAGGAGAUUUUAA